UCGUCUCUCUGGAGACUCUCCGGGAUGAUCGAGGCGUUUCCAGCUGCCUGUCUGGAGUCCGGAUCUCCCGACAGCGCGCGCGGCUCGGCUCGGCUCGGCUCGCGCCUUUAACGCAUUCGGCCGCCAGAUCAAACGGAACGCGGAGGGACGCGGGCAGGAUGAAGCGCACAGCCGAGCCCCGACAGGAUGGUGGAGAUCUUUUCCUCCUCGAACCAGCUGUUUGUGUUUAAUCUCGGGGAUGAGGAAGGAGGAUCCUGGCUGGAUUGAGGAAAUCGUUUCCGGAUGAUCCCGGCUUGACGGAUCCUUUGAUCUUUGUUACUUUCUGUCGAAUUCGAUUUUCAGGAACAAAAGCAAACGGCAAAGUUGUGUCGGCUUGAAAGAAUUACAUUUACAUCUGAUUCAUUUUUUCCUCGAUUUUUUUCUUCUUCUUCUUCUUCUUGAGCAGCCUGGAUCAUCCUACAGCCUCAUUCUAUGGACCUAACCUUAUCAAUCAAUCAAUCAAUCAAUCAAUCAAUUCAUUUAUUUAUUAAUCUUAACAUUAUUAUUAAGGAUAUAUUCAUAAUCCACUGUUUUUUUUAUUAUAAAGAAAUCUAUUCUACAUUCUCUACGUGUUUCCAACACUUUAUUUUUACUUUAGAAGAAUUUCAAAAUCCAGAUUUUUAAUUUAUUAUUAUUAUUAUUAUUAUUAUUAUUAUAAAGAAAUAUUUUUUCAUUAUAUGAAGAUGGAUAAAAAACAGUCCGGAGACAUGACAGUCCUCCAUGUGGGCCUUUUUGCUCUGGUUCUGCUCAGUCCUGUUACUGCCGCUCAGAGUGAAGAGAGGGAGUGCGCGUAUACAGAGCAUCAGGAUCUCUCCAAGCGCAUCGAUGGAGGGGGAGAGGGGCGUGUCUUCCUGGAAAACAACACCAUUCGCUGCAGCCAGGGUGGCCGGUGCUAUGGAUUGUGGGAGAAAAAACAGAACGGCGUGCAUCUGGUCAAGCAAGGUUGCUGGGGGGUUCAGGGUGUCCAGCGGAUGUGCUAUGACGACCGUUGCCAGGUGACGGAGACGCCCUCCCAGAUCCAGAACGGCACCUACCGCUUCUGCUGUUGUAGCAAAGACAUGUGCAACCUGAACUUCACCGAGGACUUUCCCCCUCCCAGAUCCACACUCGCACCACCAAUCUCAACGGGCCAUCACGACCGAGAGGAGGCCAUCUUGAUCGCCUUGGCAACCGUCUCCAUGGUAGCCGUGCUGGUUGUGCUGGUCUUUUUCUGCCUGCGUGUACUGCGAGGACGUGGCAAACAGAGUCUUCAUAACCUGAACAUGUUGGAGGCGGCGUUCUCGGCUCCAUCGCUGGACCUGGACAAUCUCAAGCUCCUGGAGCUGAUCGGGCGCGGCCGGUACGGCUCGGUGUACCGCGGCUCCCUGGACGAGCGCUCGGUGGCGGUAAAAGUUUUCUCCAGCGACAAUCGGCAGCCGUUCCUUAACGAGCGCUCUAUCUACCGCCUCCUGCUGGACCACGACAACAUCACGCACUUCCUGGAGACGGAGGAGCGCGUCGGGAGCGACGGACAGCCCGAGUACCUGCUCAUCAUGGACUUCUACCCGCACGGUUCUCUCUGCACGUAUCUGAGCACGAGGACGCUCGACUGGUUGAGCUGCUGCCGUCUGGUCGUCUCAGUCACCAGAGGCCUGGCUUACCUUCACACGGAGCUGGUGAGAGGAGAUGUCUACAAGCCUGCCGUCUCCCACAGGGACCUGAACAGCAGGAACGUGUUGGUGAAACCAGACGGCUGCUGUGUCAUCAGUGAUUUCGGCCUCUCCAUGGCUCUGACGGGAAAGAGGCAGUCGGGUCAGGCGGAGGAGGACAACACGGCCAUCAGUGAGGUGGGCACAGUGCGGUACAUGGCUCCGGAGGUGCUGGAAGGAGCCGUGAACCUGCGAGACUGCGAGGCUGCACUGAAACAGGUGGAUGUUUACGCUCUCGGCCUGAUGUACUGGGAAUGCUUCAUGCGCUGUGCCGAUCUCUUCCCAGGCGAAACCGUGCCCACGUUCCAGCUGGCAUUCCAGGCAGAGGCGGGGAAUCAUCCGACCAUAGAGGAAAUGCAGGCGCUGGUCUCGCGCCAUAAACAGAGACCCAAAUUUCCUGAGGCCUGGAAGGAGAACAGUCUGGCAGUGCGCUCUCUAAAGGAGACGAUGGAGGACUGCUGGGAUCAGGACGCCGAGGCUCGACUCACGGCUCAGUGUGCGGAGGAGCGGCUGGCCGAACUGCUCAUCCUCUGGGAGCGAGAAAAAUCCACAAGUCCUGCUGUGAACAUGAGCACGGCGCUGCACAAUCACAGGAACUUGUCGCGUGGACAUCAAGCACCAAAAACUGGCACUUACCCAGAAACCUCAUCUUCAGCUACUGUCGAGGAGAGAGCUAAACCUUCUCACAGCGAUGCAUCUACAGAACCUGUGCCGAUGGCAGGAGCUGCGGAGAAGAACAGGAACUGCAUCAACUACGAGCGUCAACAAGCUCAAUCUGGAAUGUUAGGACUUGAAGGUGCCACGCCCGUCCCGGUGGCCGGCGGGGGUCGUCACCCCCAUGCCCAGCUCACCCAGGAGGAUCUGGAGACCCCUAAACUGGACCUAAACGAGGUUCAGCGGAACCUGCGUGAGAGCUCAGACGAGAGCCUGAUGGAGCAUUCGCAAAAACAGUUCAGCUCAGGUGAAGCAGCGAGCUCACGCGGUCCCUUCUACCCACUCCCGGACAUGACCUCUGACAUCACGGGGUCACAAGUUCCCGCGCCUACGUCGAUCCUGCCCAAGCAGCAAAACGUCCCGAAGAGACCCAGCAGUCUGAGCCUGCACUCUAAACCUGCUGUGGCUUCGUCUCUCAGGAUGAAGUUCGGCAAGCUGAGCAAAAGCAACCUGAAGAAAGCCGACGUGGGCGUGGUCAGAACUAAAUCCGCACCUGAGCCACGCCCAGUUAAGGUUGUCACCAAUAACGCGGUUUCCUCGAUAAUGGCGAAUUUAACCACGCAGAUGCCACCAGGGGGCGCUGUAAGUGCCAUUGAUUCUCAGUUUAAAGACGGUGCUGGCUUAGAUGAGGUGAGCUUCGGGAUCCUGACCGCCAGUCCGGACGAGCAGGAGCCCCUGCUCCGGAGAGACGCGCAGCUGGAAAACAACACCAACAACAACAACAGCAAUAACAACGGCGGAGACGGCGAGGGUGAUGGAGAGAGUGAGGUCGGACCCGCAGAUGGAGGAGAAAACGGCGAGAGUACCGCACCAGUCACAGAGACGUCCUCCUCAUCUCUAACAGAACCUCCUGCACCGACGUCUCAACGUCCACCUGCUCCGCCCAUGACCAUGCCUGAGCCAACGCCCUUGGCACCGACACAAGGGGAGGCGCUGCUCAGACAGAACCGUGGACGCAGACCCGAGAGACCAAACUCGUUGGACCUGUCCAUCACCACGCUGCCCUUACUGGGAGAAGGAGCAGGAGACAAGAUUAAAAAGCGAGUGAAGACCCCUUACGCCCUGAAGAAGUUGCGACCUGCGACUUGGGUCAUCACCACGGAAACGCUUGACGCCGAAGUCAACAACAACAACAAGUGUCCCGGGGGUCAGAAUCACCUCGCUGGAACCAGCAGAGCCAAAUCAGCCUCCGCCGUUUACCUGAGGGGCCGGGGGGGCGUGGCCUCCGGCUUCACCUCCGACCCCAGCGACUGCACCUUUUAAAACUCAGAGACCUGCUUAGACUCUUUUGAGAGACCCAUGCUCGAUCCAGGGACAUGAAGCUCGUAUCCACUGGGACUAUGGAAAUAAGCACAGUACCAGUACCAGUAUCACUGCUGUCUGUGUCGUGUGUUGCACUUGAACAUGAGGGCUGAUUUAUGCUUCUGCAUCUGACAUCAUCUUUACAUGUAAUAUAGAGUGUCCACCAGGGGGCAGCGUCGCCUGUACAAACUCAAAUUGUGUCCUGUGUGGAGGAAA